AUGGUUUCGAUUAAGAAAGCAGCUCUCCAAUGCGUGCUUGCCGCACUCGCACUUCCCCACGUUGCCAAGGCUAUGAUGCCUAUUGAAAUUCACGGAAGCAGAUUUAUUAAGCCUUCCUACAACAAGGCCAACACAGGUGAAGUUUUCUUCAUUAAAGGUGUUGACUAUCAACCAGGUGGAUCGUCCGGAUACAGUGACAGCAGUAAAAGUGACGUUUUAUCCGAUUCUGAUGCCUGUGUCAGAGAUGCUUAUGCACUUCAGCAGCUUGGUGUGAAUACUAUUCGUAUCUAUACCAUCAAUCCAGCCAUCAAUCAUGAUAAGUGUAUGUCCAUCUUUGAUGCUGCUGGCAUUUACGUUAUUAUCGAUGUCAACUCUCCACUUUCCAACGAGUCCUUGAACAGAGAUGAUCCCUCUUCUUCGUACAAUUACUGGUAUAUGGAGAGAGUUUUCAAGGUCAUUGAUGCGUUUAAGAACUACCCUAACUUGUUGGGAUUCUUUAGUGGAAACGAGGUCAUUAAUGAUGAGUCUUCUGCAAAAGAGGACCCACCUUACUUGCGUGCCGUGCAGAGAGACAUGAAGCAGUACAUUGCAAACAAUGCAAACAGAACUAUUCCCGUUGGAUAUUCGGCUGCCGAUGUCGUCUCACUGAGAACAGCUACUUGGGAGUACUUCAGCUGUAAUAUAGAUGGAAAGGAAGACGAUUCCAAGUCUGACUUCUUUGGUCUUAACUCUUACGAGUGGUGCUCCGGAACUUCCGACUGGGCUUCCUCCGGUUACUCUGAUAUCAACAGUACUUUCACCAAUGCCACCAUCCCAGUCUUUUUCUCCGAGUAUGGUUGCAAUAAAAAUACACCAAGAACCUUUGACGAGGUUAGCGAAGGUGUCUUUGGUGGUUUGGUCAACACUCUUAGCGGUGGACUUAUCUAUGAAUACUCCGAAGAGGCUGCUGAUUACGGGUUAGUCGAUAUUACCGACGGUGACUUGAAAAUGGAAAAGGACUAUACCAACUUACAGAAGCAGUACGAGAAUGUGACAAUUGCCAACAUCUCCGAGAGUGACGUUGACAACAGCACUGUCUUGACUUGCAACUCCAAAAAGAUCAAGUCUGCAUACUCCUCGUUUGGUGCUAACUUCACACUUCCUAGUGCUCCAGGUGGUGUUUCAUCAUUGAUCAAGUACGGUGUCAACAACACCAACAUUGGAAAGAUCGUUUCCAUCAGUGGAAAGGAGACCAAGUAUAACAUCACUUGGAGUAAUGGAACCGAAGUUAGUGAUGUGUCUAUCUCGAUUAAUCCAACCUACAGUAUCAGCACGUUGGAUACUACUGCUAGUCUUUCAAGCAGUACUGCUUCUUCUUCUUCCUCUUCCACGGCUUCCUCAACAACAAAAACCUCGAAAUCAAAGGGUGAAGCUGGUGUUGCUUUCUUACCUUAUGGUUCUAUUUCAGCAGCCAUUGCAGUUGCGGCUCUUGCACUUAUAUGA